AUGGUGAGCAGGCCCAGCGGCCCAAGGGCCACCCAUUCCCCCAUCAGAGCCCCGCCCAGGAACCCGAUGGAGCUCAACCACCCCAGGCAAAACCACCGUGGGUUACGCCAACCCAACAUCAAGGCUAGGCACCCCAGGGACAAGAACAUGUCUGCAGGUCGAGGGCGGCCCUUAGCGCAAACGAUGCGCAGCAGCACCCCGCACAGGACUCCAGGCAGGUACCGAACUCCUGCCUGGAGUCCGCUCCACAGUGCCCUAUAUGUGGUGUGUAUGAAGUGGGGCGGUGGAAGAGGAGAAGGGCUCGGGGAGGGGCAAAACCGGGAGAGAGAUCUCUCUCCCAGGCAGCCAACUCCUCAGCUGCCCGCUGUAGACGCCCCCGCCUCCCCAAGGCCACCCGUGGACUGCAGGGCAAAGGCCAUGGCCCAAGGCACAGUGCCCCCAUCCACCCCAAAGGAGCCCCCGGCGGGAGGGGAGAGAACUCAUCGUAAUCCCAAGGGUACCUGCCUGGCAUCGGGUCAGCCCGACCCCAAUGGCAUGCCCAGGGCAACCAAGACCCCCUUCUCUGAGGCCCAGACAGGUCUCCCGAGCUGGAGGGAGGCAGCCCCCAGACUGAUUAACUGA